AUGUUGUACGACGUGGCUCAUGUUCUGUCGAGCCACGUCUCGCUGGAUGAUGGCAGCGUCUUCCCAAACGGGAGCUCCGAUGUACCUGAGGAUGAAGUUCUUUCGUGCUCCAGCGUCGACGACUCGGAGAACGCGUGCUCGCUCGACACCAGCCUGUCUCUCAAGCAUAGCUUGAUGAAUGAGGACGAGUCGGCUCCGGAUUGCAUCGCGCCAUUUGGCGACGCGUCACCGACGACCGCCAUUAUGGAUUGCCCGGCAUCUUGCGCCGAGUGCGGCAUCCCGGCAGGGCCGUUUUUGGCCUGCGGUGCGUGCGAGCUGCUCUACCACAGCAAGUGUUUGAUGCAAUGCUUUCUGCCGACCGGAGAGGGCUCGUGGAAGUGCCCUCAGUGCCAAUGGAAGUUGAUUAACGCUGGAGAGGUGCCUCUGGACUCCUCCCUCACGCAGUGCGACCUUUCCGACGACUCCCACACCGGCUACGACGGCCUCCGUUCGCCAGUCGGCCAUGAUGAGGUCUCGGAUGAGGCGAGCGGCUUGGAAAAGGAGCCGAAGAUAAAGGUCUCCCGUCCUGGAGGGAGUCCCAGGCGCGACCGCAGCCCCGAUAUCAUGGAGCGCAAGCGCAAGAAGCCGGUUACGGAGGGAUCCAACUUCCAGACGAAGAUACACGUUGGUUUCAGCCACCAAGUGCCGUUCACUCCCGCAUUCUUUUUGGACGAGUCCCAAAGUCCGCGGAGAGAAAACAACGACUGGGCGCGUCUGAUGUACUCCCCCUACUACUUGGAAAAGAUCCGCGCGCGCAAAAUCCUGGAGGGCGCCGAAGAGAGCGUCAUCAAGAACGAGUUCGAGCUGGCCGAGUUCAUCCAGCUGUGCGCUCAGAACUGGAAGAGCAACCCUGGCUGGCACCCGUUUUCGCCCGAGUUUGCGUACAAGAUUUUGCACUUCGCCGACUACGAUCCCAAGAAAGCGCUCAGGGUGAUGAACGACCCCAACUUCAACUUCAUAUGUAAGUUGCUCGGCCCCCGGCGGCGUCAGCCUGCUCAGGUGUCUGUGACCCUCCCACCCGUCGAUACGACAACAAGUGGAAGCCCAAGGACCGUCGUGGCCAGGUGCCAACGAGCCCAUACCCGCCUCCAAUAA